AAUAGAAGGAAGGCGUUAGGCAAAGAGAAGGUAGCGACAUUUCUAUUUUAGGCGUAUCAAUUUUCACAUUUCUAGAAAGUUGGAUGGUUAAGGAAGAAGAUUCUCAAGGAGGGACAUGGCGCGAUUAAAAGAAGCGCAGCUACGUUUUCAUACGGGACUAUGCAUUUCACUUUAUGCUCUCUUUCUUGUUGUUUCCAUCACCUCGCUCAACCCCGUCACUGCUGUUGCUACGCCGAGGGUUCUGAAAGGCAGUACGCCAGAUGAGGGGGAAUCAUACAGCAGAUAUUACAACUAUGAUGAUCUUACCCGACGGCUAAAAUCUCUGGCGAUGAAAUAUCCUCAUCUUGCCAAUCUAUCCAGCAUUGGCCAGUCUGUGAUGAAGCGAGAGCUUUGGGUCAUGCGAAUCACAAAGGAUCCUAAUGCCGAUCUCCCCGGGAAACCUAAAGUCAAAUACGUGGGAAACAUGCACGGAGAUGAAACUAUUUCUAGACAGGUUUUAGUGUAUCUGGUGGAAUAUUUACUUGACCAAUAUGGCUCUGAUCCGCGGGUGACUGAGUUGAUCAACAGCACGGAUAUUUACAUUAUGCCAAGUAUGAAUCCAGAUGGCUUUGAGAAGUCUGUGGAGGGAGACUGCGCCGGUGACGCCGGUGGUCGUGAGAAUGCCCACAAUCAUGACCUCAACAGAAGUUUUCCAGACCAGUUCGAUGACAUACAUGUCCAGAAAGAUGAAAUACCAGAAGUCAACGCUGUGAUAAAAUGGAUCUUAGAUAACAAGUUUGUCCUUUCUGGGAAUCUCCAUGGUGGCACAGUAGUGGCCAGCUACCCAUUUGAUGACUCCGCCUCCCAUCCGAAUAAGGGGCACUAUAGUCGGUCAUCAGACGACGCUCUCUUCAGGCACCUGGCUCGGGUCUAUGCGACCAACAACCCUGCCAUGGACAAAGGCGAACCCAACUGUCCGGACGACCCCACCGAGCGCUUCAAAGACGGCAUCACGAACGGUGCUGCGUGGUAUGAUAUAUCUGGGGGCAUGCAGGACUUCAACUAUGUCCAUGGAAACUGCCUAGAGGUCACGAUGGAGUUAAGCUGCUGCAAGUACCCCCUUGCCUCCCAGCUGCCCCGUGAAUGGGAGAACAAUCGCCAGGCUCUGCUGGCCUACAUGGAGCAGGCCCACAUCGGAGUGAGAGGCUACGUGAAGGAGGCCAGGAAUGGGGCGGCGCUGCCAGACGUCCAGAUUCUCGUGGUGGGCAUCAAUCACAACAUAACUACAGGGCGCUUCGGAGACUAUUACCGUCUGCUGCUGCCGGGCGACUACAACAUCACUGCCAUUGCUGCUGGAUAUACGCCCAUGACCGUCACCAAUGUACGGGUGGUGAAGGAUAAGGCCACAGAGCUCAACUUCACGCUGGCGCCCCUGUCGGAUGACACUGCAAGUGCCGUGACCUCUGUACCUAUAACUGACGCUAAUGCCACCACCACCACCACCACGCCUGCCCCUUCCUCCCCCACUGGCAGUGACGCCAUCAGUGCCGAGACCUCGGGCUCGGAUGCCACAGGUGAGACAAGCCCCCCGUCUGGCACCGGUUCCUCGGUCCAGCGUGAGCCGCUCCAGCCCCUGGACUUCAGGCACCACCACUACGACGACAUGACGCUGUUCCUGCGCAAGUACAACACCGAGUACCCCUCCAUCACGCGCCUCUACUCCAUCGGCAAGUCGGUGGAGAACCGUGAGCUCCACGUCAUGGAGAUCACAGACAACCCUGGCGACCAUGAGCCAGGUGAACCUGAGUUCAAGUACAUCGGCAACAUGCACGGCAAUGAAGUGGUGGGCCGUGAGCUGUUGCUCAACCUCAUUGAGUACCUGUGCCGUAACUAUGGCGUUGACCCCGAGGUCACACAGCUUGUUAACUCCACCCGCAUCCAUAUCAUGCCUUCCAUGAACCCUGACGGCUAUGAGCGGGGAAGGGAAGGAGACGUUCGUGGGUACUUAGGGCGGAACAACAGCCACAACUAUGACCUGAACCGGAACUUUCCAGACCAGUACACCACCGUUACAGACCCCAGGCAGCCGGAGACCAUUGCGGUGAUGAACUGGUUGAGGAGUUUCCCGUUUGUACUGUCUGCCAACCUUCAUGGAGGGUCCCUGGUGGUGAACUAUCCAUACGAUGACGACCCAGAGGGACGCACUGAAUACAGCAAGUCACCGGACGAUGAGGUUUUUCAAAUGGUGUCGCGGGCCUACUCCCAGGAGAACCCUCUCAUGCACAAAGGGCACCCUUGUGAGAAGCUUUAUCCGGAGGAGUACUUCAAAGACGGCAUCACCAACGGAGCAGAGUGGUACAAUGUCCCAGGAGGCAUGCAGGACUGGAACUACAUGAACACUAACUGCUUUGAGGUGACCAUCGAGCUGGGUUGUGUCAAGUACCCUCGGGCCAGCGAGCUGCGAGGCUACUGGGAGCAGAACCGCCGGGCCCUGCUGCAGUACAUGCAUCAGGUCCACAAAGGAGUGAAGGGGAUGGUUUUUGACCUCAAGGACGGCACAGGAAUCCCGAAUGCCACCAUCACCGUGGAGGACAUUGACCACCCCGUGAGAACCUACAAAACCGGGGACUACUGGAGACUACUGGUUCCUGGAGUUUACAACAUCACUGCCACUGCACAAGGGUACUCCCCAGUGAGAGUGAUGGUUACUGUUCCUGAGAGGGGGGCGAAGGAGGUGAACUUCCGCCUGCCACGGCUGCAGGAAGAAGGGACGGGCCAAGCGAUGAAUGGUGGCGCCGAGACCGCGCAGGACCCCAACGAGGUGGAGUUCCAGAGCUUCAUCAAGGAGCUGUCUAUCGGCUCGGGCCUGGACCAACUCAUUAAGACCACAGCCACUGAGAGCCAGUUCCGCUAUCGCAACUACAAGGAGCUGUCUGAGUUUCUGCGUGGCCUCCACCUCAACUUUCCUAAGAUAGUUUCGCUCCGCAGUCUGGGACAAAGUUGGGAGGUCAGAACCAUCUGGGCUCUGGAGAUCUCCAACAACCCUGAUGUGCCAGAACCAUCUGAGCCCAAAAUCCGCUUUGUGGCGGGUAUCCAUGGUAACGCUCCAGUGGGCACAGAGUUGCUGCUAGAGUUUGCAGCCUACCUGUGCAUCAACUAUGGCAAGAACCCAGCCAUCACCAGGCUCAUCAAUGAGACUAGAAUAGUCAUCCUGCCCUCCAUCAAUCCUGACGGACGUGAGCAGGCCAGGCCCGAGUGCUCCUCCACCGUAGGCAUGACAAACGCCCACGGCAAAGACCUGGACACCGACUUCUUCGGAAAUGCAUCCCAGCGUGUUGUAGAGGCCCAGCCAGAGACGCGUGCUGUGAUGGACCUCAUUCUGGAGAGGGGCUACUCUCUCUCAGUGGCCCUGGAUGGAGGAUCGCUCCUGACUACAUACCCCUAUGAUAAACCUGUGCAACCAGUUGAAAAUGAAGACACACUGAAGUAUUUGGCAUCAGUGUACGCUGAGAACCACCCCACAAUGCACAUUGGUAACGCCGGAUGUCGUGGUGAAAGCCAGAUAGGGAACAGUGGUGUUCUACGGGCCGCAGAGAGACACAGCCACAUGGGCAGCAUGAAGGACUUCAGCGUGGACUUCGGCCACUGCCCUGAGAUCACGGUCUACACUGACUGCUGCCUCUUCCCCCCUGCCGAACAGCUGGCCACGCUCUGGGCCCAGAACAGGAAGUCACUUGUCAGCAUGCUGGUGGAGGUGCACAAAGGUGUGCGUGGGGUGGUCAGAGACAAAAGUGGGAAGCCCAUCAUGGGUGCCAUGAUUGUGUUGAAUGGCGGUGUGCGGGUGUUCACCGGCGAGGGGGGCUACUUCCAUGCCCUCCUAGCCCCAGGCUCUCACAGAAUCGAGGCAGUCGCUGAGGGUUACCAGCAACAACGGCAAGAGGUGUUAGUGUCCUCAUUUAACGCUGCCAGCUUCAUCAUCAUUGAGUUUGACAUGGAUAACCACAUAUUUGGUCUGCCGAGGGAGUUUGUGGUGGCAACUGCAGCUGCCUCCAUGACGGCUCUUAUUGUCACGGCCUGCAUCAUCUGGUGCGUCUGCUCGGCCAAGUCCAACCGACAGAAGGACGGUUUCCACCGGUUACGGCAGCACCGUGACGAAUAUGACGACGAGAUCCACCUCACCUCCAUGGGCUCCAAGAAGUCAUUGCUGAGCCACGAGUUCCAGGACGACAGUGAGAGUGAAGAGGACACGCUCUAUGCCAACAAAAUCUAACGUGCCCCCCUAGAUCCCUCUACUCCCAUGGCACCGUCCUGUUGGGGACUCUUUAGAACAAUGAAAGGCCAUCAUCCACCCACCCCAGUCCCCCUAAUCCUGCCCCAAUCCAGUGGCCCUACCCCAGAAGAGACCGCAAGGGGCGCCAUGAUCAAUCCUACCGUCCCCCAGUGCUUACACAGACUGCCAGUGGGGACGCCACAGCAGUGGGUUUAUUUAAACCGAUUGAUGUCACUUGCAAAACACAAACAUUCUCAUCAAAAAACAAAUGCAACUACUCGCCAACCGUUUCCAGUCGCCCGUCCUCUUUGCUCACCCUCUCCAGACAGUCCAACCUCAGCAAGUAGGCACCCGUCGAUGCAGUUGCUCGUCCAUUUGAAGAAACGCACCCUUCAAGUUGUUUCAUGAAACACAGUGCCUUGAGUGAUGCCAGCCGGCUGCCUUCCCGCUGCCAGUGCGAUAGCACGACUUUCUGUGUUUAGCUAGUUGAGUUAGCAGAGUGGGGAAGAGCGCUUACACCUUCACGCUGAAUGGAACACGGUCAACUCCGGUUCCCCUAAGCCGAGUCUUGAUUGCAGCACAGAUGCGGAUUGAGUGACUGAAGAGGAAAACCUUACAAGGCCUUUGAUUUCCGAGCCUCAUUUAAUAAAUGUAUGCUUAUGGAUCCAGUGAAAGGAAUUUUACACAAUAUUCAGCCAUGUCUAAAUUCAGAAUAGCGUUGGUUUUGUAUCAGGGAAACUGUUGUAUGUAAGAAGUGAUUUGGAUAAUGGCAUGAGCAUAGAUUUUCCCUAUUCCACGAGUAUGUAUCAGCCAAGAUGUUUUUGCUGUCCAAAUUCUGCUGUUUUGGGUUUUUUUUUUUCACUGUGGAUGCGCAGUCAUAACUGUUUGGUCUGUUCAUCAGUAUGUG